CAAAAGGAGAACGAGAACGAGAACGAACGGGAACCGGGCGAUCGUGAAAUCAAACAAAUUCUUUAAGUCGCGCCAUGAUGAAGUCACAGAUAACCGUGUGGCGGCUCUUAAGCUCUGCUCUGAUCCUCGGCUCUGUGCGCGCAUCGCCAAUACCGUCAGCGGAAGUUAGCAUAGUGGAAGGUCCGCAGCCACAGCUAACCGCAAAGGAGCAGAGUGCGGUGCAGUUGCCAUGUGCCUAUCAAUUGCCGGACGUGCUCCGCCAGAGCAAUAGUGUGACGCUGCGCUGGCGCAAGGAUGGCAAGACAUUGCGGCAAGUAGAGCUUGGCCAGACGAGCAGCACCACCAGCGAACCGCAGCUGGAGACAAUGGUGCGGGAGGAUGCUCGACUGACGCUGCGCAAGGAGAAUGGUUCGCUUCACUUUGCUGGUGUGCUGGCCAGCGACGCGGGUCAGUAUCAAUGCGAACUUGUGGUCGAGGGGCGGCCGGCAAUUAGCUCCAACAGCGGCAGCCUGGAAGUGAUUGAGCAGCUGAAGUUUGUGCCACAGCCCCAGCCAACAAAGAACCUGGAAUUGGGCAGUGUCAGCAAGGUGCACUGCAAGGCACAAGGCACUCCGCCGCCUCAAGUCAAAUGGAUGCGGGAAUCUCAAUUGCCGCUGCCAGAGAACGUAACCGAUCACAAUGGCACGCUGGUGUUCCGUGGCGUCAGCAAUGAACAGCGUGGUCAGUACACUUGCAUGGCCAGCAAUAGCCAGGGACAGAUUAGCGCCACGGUGUCCAUCAAUGUGGUGGUGGCGCCCAAGUUUACAGUGCCGCCGGUGGGACCUGGUGAGAUCAGCGAGGGCGACAUCGCUGUGAUGCACUGCCAGGCAACGGGAGAACCGAAGCCGACGAUACAGUGGGACAAGGACUUGACGUAUCUGAAUGAGAAUAAUACGGAUCCGGCUCGCUUUCAUCUGCUGGAGAAUGGCACACUGGAGAUCCACAAUGUGCAGACGGAGGACGAGGGACGCUAUGGCUGCACUAUUGGCAGCAGUGCUGGACUGAAGCGUGAGGAGGUUCUGCUGGUGGUCAAGAGCAAUAAGUCAGCCUCGAAUUCGAUCAUCACACGCAUCAUUAUUGUGAUCAUAUGCCUGGCAUUCCUCUACUUUGUGUUGGUGCUGGGUCUCAAGCUGUGGUAUCGCUAUCGUCGGCACAUGGGCAAGGUGCAGCUCGAAGAUGCGACGCAUGCGGCCGUCGAUGGCGACGGCGAUGGCCACGAGCAUGCCGAGCAUGAGCCCUGCCUCACGGAGGCCAAUUCCAGCAAGAACCUCAAGAGUAAGCUGCGCGAGAGCACCAUUCUGGAGCAGGAGUCGCAGGUGGCCGAUGACAUUGUCUAGGAAAUAGGCAAUAGAAAUUCGGCUCUCCAGUUGCCACUUUCAAUGAUCUCCCGCUCUCUCUCUAUAUAUAUAUACAUAUGUUACUCGAUUUUGUUGUUAAGCGUGAAAUGCCCUUAAAAAAGUUCUAUUUGUAUUUAUAUUUAUAUAUAUAUUUAUAUAUAUCUAUGUAUGUGAGUAUGAGUGCGAGUGCUAGUGUGUAUGUAUGAGUGAGUGUGCCUGUGUAUUAUAUAUAUAUAUCCAUGUACAGUUAUUUUAUAGUAGAAUAAAUAUUUUAUAGCUCUCAUAGAGCCCAUUUUAUAGUGCAA